AUGCUGAGCCUGGGGCUACGAAGCCUGCUCUGCGCAGCAGCCCAGGAGCUGGUGAGCGAUGGCAAGACAUUCUCGAGGGUGGAGGAGAAGCUGAGCUGGAUGGACGCCCUGCGGUACUGCCGGGGGCACCACACGGACCUGGCCGACCUGCAGAGCAUGAACAGCGUGAGCAGCGUGAUGACCCUCUACAGCCUCACCAGCGGCACUCAGGCGUGGAUCGGCCUCUUCUACAACGUGCGCAUCGGCGGCCUGAGCUGGUCCAGCGGCUCCACCUUCACCACUCCGAUGUGGAGCCCGCUGCCCGUCUUCAAGGAGGGCAUCUGUGCCACGCUGUACUCCGUGUCCAUUAUCCCCAGCCUGGGGGCCGCCUCGUGCACAGCUCAGAAGCCCUUCAUCUGCUACCACGAUCCUCUGGAGAGACACUACAACCUCGAGGAGCCCGUUCUCAGCCUGACCACCACUCCACAGCCAGCUGUGGUCCAGAUUGGCAGACUGACCUUCAAACGAUUUAACCAAGGAAUGACAUGGCUGUCAGCCCUGCUGUACUGCCGUACCCACCACACAGACCUGGCUGACCUGCAGAUGGUGACUGACGAGGCAGGCGUGGAGGCCCUGAAGUCCAUCACCAGUGACACCGAGGCCUGGAUUGGCCUCUACUUCAACGCGGCCUCUGGGUCUCUAAGCUGGUCCAGCGACUUGGGUGCCAGCAUCCCCGCCUGGCUGCAGGUGCCCAAGUUUGGGGCAGGACUGUGUGCGGGGCUCCGCACCUACGUACGCUACACCCCCAGAGUUUAUUCAGUGGUCUGCUCUUCCCUGCAACCCUUCAUCUGCUUCUAUGACCCCUCUCUUGGACACCGGCAGUCGGCAGCACUCCCCCAGCUUAUCCGCACUCCCUCCUCGGAAGUGACCGAGGGGAUGACGCCCAGACCAGCUAUGCCCAGUGAAGAAAGUGGCACUGAGAUAAGAGAUACAACUGCUGCCAAGCCGGCCCAACAUGUGAGCACAUCUAACUACCUGGAGCCACAAGGAAAACCCCCAGCGCCAGAAUCAGAGCAAUUCUUUGGAAUCCUGAAAGCAGAUUUUACCAUCCCAGCUCUGAUGGACUUAGAAGAUAUGAAAGACCAAUUUUUGAGUGAGAUCCAUGAAGUCUUAAAGCAAACGUUAGGUGAUGAGCAAUUCAGAUUGAAAUGGGUUGGCUUUGAAGUAAAUAAAAAAUAGCUCAUGUCUA